UGAAGAGCAAGAAAGUGAAAGAGAAGUUGAUCUCCCUAAACGGACUAAAGUUCUUCUGACUGUUUUUGCUGUCUGUCUGGUGUUUGCUCUUGGAGGUCUCUGUAUUCUGGGGAUACUGUAUGCCAAUGUUUCAAUGCAACUGUCUGCCCAGACAACUAACAACACAAUCAUGGUGAGAAAUACUGAGGAACUUACAGCCAACUACACCAGAGUUAGAGAACGACUGUCCAUUUAUGAAGUCAAAGUUAGAAAUAUUGAGGAACUUACAGCCAACUACACCAGAGUUAGAGAACAACUGUCCUUUUAUGAAGCAUUAACAGCUGAGUCUUUGAACUGUGACAUGAACUGGACAGCUUACAAUGGAAAGUUGUACUUCUUCAGCUCUAAUAAAAUGGACUGGUCAAGCAGUCGUGCUUUCUGUGUUUCAAAAGGAGCUGAUCUGGUCACCAUAACCAGCCAAACAGAACAGGUGUUUCUGGCUUCUAAAAUUAAAGCAUGGUACUGGAUUGGUCUCAAUGAUCUGGAAACUGAAGGACACUGGGUUUGGGUGAAUAACCAAAGUCUCAAUGAAAUUGGAGUACAGUUUUGGCACAAGAGAAAAUCUGGAAAAAGUGAACCUGAUAACUGGAACGUGGGGCUUACUGGAGAGGACUGUGCAAUUGUGAAAAAUGAUACCAACUAUUUAGACAGUUGGUUUGAUGUUUCUUGCCAUUCUGUGAUGAAGUUUAUCUGUGAAAAGAAAUAUUAAUUUACCUUCUUCAGUGGUGCUUAUAUUGAUGAGGUCUAUUUUGUUUAUGCACAGAAAAAAGGGCUUUUUUUAUUUGCUUACUCAUUUCAGGAUAAGAAAUGUGUUUAACAUUGAAACUAAUUGGAUUUAGUGAUACUAAAUAUAAAA